CGCCGAUGUCGUCUGCCAGUCACCCAUCAGCCAGCCAUUCAUUCAUUCAUUCAGUCAGUCGAGCCCAUUUGUUGCAUUGAUUGACUCGCCCAUUCUUCCCAUCACCGUCCGUCGGCCGCACUUCUUUUGUAUCCUCGAGUCCUCCAACCCCCCCGGGUCACAAUCCUUCUUCCUUCGACAGUGCCUCCACCACCUUGCAGUUUCCCGUCGUCGUCGUCGUCGUCGUCGUCAAGAACUGGCCCCUCUCCUCUCUUUUCUUUUCCUUUUCUUUCCUUUCCUCUUCUCUCCCUCUCUUUUCAUCUUCACACUCCUUCGUCUCUACCCCGUCAUACGUCCAUAACUGUGGCCGUGUAGGUGGGCCUGUCCAUCCAUACCCAUACCAUCUCAUCCCAGCACGCAGCCCCGACAGCAGGAGCCGGUCCGGUCCCACGUCCCCUGCCCACGCGCGCCGCCGACGCCGCCUUCCCUAAGCCAGCCAGCGUUCGACGGUCCAUCGACCGCCUACCGCUCUGGGCCAAAGCGCGCGCGAACCACGACGCCGCCGCCGCCGCCGCCGCCGCACUCCGCCUCGUCCACGCGCCAACUCGGGCGCGCGCACCGCCCGUGCAUCUGACUUGACUCUAGUACCCCAAGCGUCCAGGACUACUACUACUACUGCUACUGCUGCUGCUGGCGCACCGGCACGGAGCCUCCUGCCCUGUCUGUCCUGCUGCCAGUCCUGCGUCUGCGACAACGACGACCCUGCGUUUCCGCCGCCGUCCGUGCUGGCCCGUCCAUCAUCUUCCCCGACAACACCAUCAUCAACUCACUCGUUCGUCUUCCCAUCAGGGUACAAAGAGCUCCCCCCCGCGCGACAGCUGUCACACCGCGCUUCCUCAACUCCCCUCGUCCAGGCACCACAACAACCGAGCAAGGCACGUCUCUCAACCGCGCCGCCCACCACCACCACCCUCUGCCGCCCGUCGACUUUCCUAUCGACAUCCACCUCCGCCCGUGUCUUGCCUUGGUGUUAGUCACUCCCGCUGCCUCCCCCUCCAUCCUUGCUCCUCGUUCACCUCCAGCACCCAGAACAUCGCAGACAGCUUCCAAAAAGCAACCCACGUCUCGCCUCAUCUACCCAGUUCGCCCCGUCCUGCCCCCGUCUUUCCCCAGAGUCGCACAGGCGAUGCGCGCACCCUGCUGCUCCCCCAGACUCUCGACUCGUCGCUCCAUUCAUCCCUCCUUGCAACCCCGUCCCAUCGACCGCCACCACUAACCAUCCAUCCUCAUUCAGCCUCCUGUGCUCCCACACCCGUCAUCCUACGUAUCGGAUACCUGCCGCCGCCGUGUCGACCACCAUACCCUGCUGUCGACAAACACAUAACUACUACUACGUACCUCCCUACGCCACGCCUGGCACAUCCGGUACGAGGUGACCGCCAGCAUCCCUGGACCCUCGACUGCUGCCUCCAUCGAUCCGCUUCUGCCUUGCCCGUCACCCACCCCCCGACCCUUCCAACCACCCCGGCGCCUGUUCCUCGAGGCUCUACCGUCCUCGAUCGCUUGCUGCGGCCGCCUGCAAGUCCCACCUUGACACGCAUCGAUUACAUGACGACGCGAACCGCUGCUCGUGCCCUCCACACCUUGUAGGCCCUCGGGCUGCGAUCGACCUCCCCUGCACUUCCUGCCAUCGACAACGAGGCACUGACAUCACAGGAAGCCAUGGCGAGUCGGCAGGAGGGCCAGUCCUCCGGCUCCCGGAGAUCGAGCGGCCGCAACAUCGGUCAGUUCGUCAUCGACCAGGAAAUCGGCAAGGGCAGCUUUGCCCAGGUCUACAUGGGAUGGCACAAGGUGCGCGCUCUCUCGCCGCUUCGUCGGCUGCUUGCUGCUUGCUGCUGCGGCGGCGGCGGCGGCGCUUGGACACGGAGCUCUGGCCCAUCUCGUGUCCUUGCCCUCCUCCUCGCCAUUUCGGCGCAGCCGCUUCCGUCCGUCCUGACCUUGUGUGCUAAUCGUGCCUCGCUUGCAUUGCAGGAAUCCAAAGCCGCCGUCGCCAUCAAGUCGGUCGAACUCGCCCGGCUGAACAAGAAGCUCAAGGAGAACCUCUACGGGGAGAUUCAGAUCCUCAAGGCUCUGAGGCAUCCUCACAUCGUCGCCCUCCAUGACUGCGUCGAGUCGUCCACACACAUCAACCUCAUCAUGGAGUACUGCGAGCUGGGAGACCUGUCAUUGUUCAUCAAGAAGCGGGACAAGCUCAUCGUGCAUGUCGCCACGCGCGACAUGGCUCGCAAGUAUCCGGUAACCCCCAACUCUGGGCUGCACGAGGUUGUCAUCCGCCACUUUCUCAAGCAGCUAUCCAGUGCUCUCGAGUUUCUCAGGACCAACAACUACGUCCAUCGCGACGUCAAGCCCCAAAAUCUCCUGCUGCUGCCCUCGCGAGGCUUUAGGGACCAACGCCAGUUUCACAUCAUGUCGGCAAGCCAGGACUCGCUGAUUCCCGUCGCCGGGCUGACCUCGCUGCCCAUGCUCAAGCUCGCCGACUUUGGCUUUGCUCGAGUGCUGCCGUCGACGUCGCUGGCCGACACUCUGUGCGGCUCACCGCUGUACAUGGCACCCGAGAUCCUGCGGUAUGAGCGAUACGAUGCAAAGGCGGACUUGUGGUCAGUAGGCACCGUUCUGUACGAGAUGGUCACGGGCCGGCCCCCAUUUCGGGCCAGGAACCACGUGGAGCUCCUGCGCAAGAUUGAGGCAGCCGAAGACGUCAUCAAGUUUCCUCGCGAGGUCGUCGUCAGCUCCGAAAUGAAGGCCCUCGUACGAAGUCUCCUCAAGCGGAGCCCAGUGGAACGCUUGAGCUUUGAGAACUUCUUCGCGCACCCCGUGGUCACCAACGAGAUUCCGGGCUUGGUAGAAGACGAUGUUCCAAAACCGCCUAAGCGUGAACUGGAGACAAUUCCUCAAGGCGAAGCCCUCCCCUCACCACGGUCGCCGACCCCGAGCCGUGGUGUGCGGCAGGACGCGGGACCUCGCGAUGCUGGCUCAUCAAGGUCCCCGCGAGACGCGCAGCCGCGGUCGCCUCAGACUGGCAACCCCGGCGAGGGCCGGCACAGACGGCAGACGGGUGGUGACGUGCAACGAUUGAGCAAUUCCCCACGGAAUGGCGGUGAGGGACUGGGGAUCCAGCGCCCGGCACCGCAACAUACCGUUUCGACACCAAACUAUCAACCCCAUCUGGCGACGAGACCGUCGCGCGACCGCGUUGCUGCGGCCGCCGGCACCAGCCCGUCGGAUGCAAAGCGGCUGCCAGCCGUCAAUCGAGAAGCCUCGGAGGAGGAGCAGGCAGCCCAGGACGUCAUGUUUGAGCGGGACUAUGUCCUGGUGGAGCGGAGGCACGUUGAAGUCAAUGCUCUUGCGGACGAGCUGGCUGCCAACCAAGCGCCCGGCAUGCAACGGGGCCAACAAAUCGUUCGACGGAGCACCCAACAAGGAGCGCCGACGUCGACGACGGGUGCCAUUCCCACGCCGGCCUCUCAGACUGCCUUGGUGGCCCAAGGUCGGGCCGGGCAAGACAAGCGCUCGUCGUACGACAAGGCCCUCGGCUCCAGCCCGGGUUCGGCAUCGAGCGCCAUCACCAAGGCGAUUCAGGAUGCCAGCCUCAGGCUGUUCGGCUUCAAGAUGGCGCCGGUGCGUGGUGCCAAGGGCCACUCACCGCCCAUGUACCAACCCUUCCCGGCUUAUCCCACGCCUUCUGCACCCGCCGGCCUGCUCGGUGACGGCAAGAGCAGCCAGUCUGCUGACGAGGACGUGCGCGCCAAGGACACCAUGGAGGAGUACGCCGAGCGGAGCGACUGCGUGUAUGGCUUCGCCGAAGUCAAGUACAAGCAGCUGGUUCCACUGGCGCCGUCCAUGGAUCACGGGCUUGGCGGCGUCCCCAUGGAUCAGCUGGUCGACGAGGAAGAUGGCCUGACAGUCGAGGCGAUUGUCUCCCUGUCAGAGGAGGCCCUCGUCCUGUACGUCAAGUCGCUGACCCUGCUCGCCCGAGCCAUGGACAUUGCCAGUGUAUGGUGGUCCAAGAAGAGUCGCGGCGCCGUGGCCACAGGGGUCUCUGCUGCCGUAUCAGAGCACGUCGCGCAAAAGAUCAACGCCAUUGUCCAGUGGGUGCGGCAGCGUUUCAACGAAGUCUUGGAGAAGUCCGAGAUUGUCCGCUUGAAGCUGCUCGAGGCUCAGAAGCUGCUGCCCGAAGAUCACCCUAGCCACCCGGCUAACCACGGAGAAGACUCGAUCGUGUCGUCGUCGGGAUCUGCUGCGAAGCAGGUUUACCUAACGCCGGGUAUCAGCGCCGAGAAGCUCAUGUAUGACCGAGCCCUCGAGAUGAGCCGCGCGGCUGCGAUUGACGAGGUCACCAACGAGAACCUGCCAGGAUGUAAGAUCUCUUACAUUACCGCCAUCCGCAUGCUAGAAGCUGUGUUGGAGAGCGAUGACGACGCGGUAGGCAGGAGGCUUUCGGGCGGCAAGGAGGUGGCGCGCGGCUCCCUGGAGAACGGUGGCGACCUCGACAGCGACGAGGAAGCCCACGUGCGCAAGAUGAUCAAGAUGAUUACCGGACGGCUGGCGUCGGUGACGAAGAAGCAGCAAAUGAUUGCCGAGGCCAUCAGCAAGGAGCAGCAAGUCCAGCUGCAGGCGGCGCGACGACGGAGCGGCGAUGUUACACCGCGGAGCAUCCCUUCGCAUGGGUCGACUUGAAGCCAGCGAGACCCUGAACGUUGAAACAAGGCGAUACAAAACGACGAAAGCGCAUUCAGAACAUUACCACUACAACUACAUACCCUCUUAUUGCGCCCCACGGCUACAUGUUUAAUGACGCGCUCUGCUUUUUUCUUUUUUGGGUUGGGACCGGACCGGACGGCGUUUUGGGUCAACUGUUUUCUUGUUGUGAAUGCCGGGUGCAUGAAAUCUCAGCCAGACCUUAUCCCUUCCUCGACAUAUGAGGAUGGAAGGCACUGAUGCUUUACUGGUUCUUGGGUUGAUUUGACGAGCCAGGCAAUGGAGUUCACGGGCAGGCGUAUUAGGACUGAUUUAUUGUACGGCUGGCGAGCGGGGGAGGGCAUAUUGCGUCUCAUGUUUGUUCAAGCAGGU